AAUGGGUAUCAGAUGCGUGCGCUAACUUAAAUCGCCUGCAUUAAUUUCUUUGAGGCUACGGCUCGGCGCUAUAUUUAAAGGAACACGUGUUUAAUAUAAAAGCUGCUGUCUACUCUUGUCCUUAAUGUUUGUGCUUUUUCAAAGAGCUCUUCCUUAUCUUUUCCUUAUUAUUAACCUUAAAUUCCAGGAGCGUCAGCUCCGCGAAAGUCUUGUACUCCAAAAGGAGACGCUGUUGAGCGUCGCAUUCUCAAUCAUUUUCCUGUUUUUGAUUGGAUCCCUCAGAAGGGGGACGUCUCGUUGGUUGGCACCCAGGAAAGAUGGAGACGAUGAACGUCUCGAGAAAACUACUGAAAAGGUUCAGGAAUGUCAGCUCCAGCAACCCCGGGCAUCUCUGUUUUUCAUUGCCUUUGCCACCUCCUUUCUCCUUUCACUUGUUUCACUUGGAAAGGGAGUAUUGUACUGGGCAAUACCAACAAAACAUGGAGAUCCUUAUCGCCUAACACUGAAAGAGAAGAACACAUCAUAUCUUCAUUGUUCUUCUCCGAUGGCAAAGAUAUCUCUUCAUCAAUCCCAGGCUUCAGACACUCUAAUGAGCAAGGGGUUUGCCCCAUCUAUCCCCACCAGCCUUGCCUAUUGGUUUAGGAUGCAGGUCAACACACCAAUGGAGAACUUCCAAAAAAUACAAGAUGAAAUCCGAGAGCUCAGACAUCAGCUCGAAGCAAAAGAUAAAGUCAUUCAGGAAUGGAAAGUCAUGUGCACAGACCUGGCAGCCUGUCUUUCCAGUUCAACCCCUGAAGAGCAAGAAUUCAAGCAUGAUGAUCACGCAAUUGAAAGAGAGAAAAAAAGAAAAGAGCUUGAACAGAAACUGAUUCAGCUCUUUGAAAACCAGCAGGCGGCUGAAGCUCAGCUUCGAGAUCUGAAGAAGGAGCGCACCAACCUUUUAAAAAUGGCAUACAUCUUGAGCAAGCAGAAGAAGAGCCUGGAAAACCAGCUGAAGAGCAGCCAUCAGUUAAAAAAGGGGGAUCGAAUCAUCACUCAGAAAGAAAUGGAAGAUGCGCUGCACUACAUCAGCACCUUGGAAAAUGAAAGGGACCAGCUACAGGAACGGCUACGAGAGGAGCAGGAAGAGAAGGAGAGAAGGAGGAGGAAGAAAGAGUUACACAAAGAAUCAAAAUCAGCCACAGAGAAGCGAGAAUGUCAACGUGGGCCAUCUAAAAAGAUGGCUAAAGACAAAAAGCGACAUAAGCCUGGCAUAUUGAAACGUCUUAUUGGCAAGGUGUUGAAGUGCAUCUGCUUUACAUGAGGUUAACGCCUUAAUC